AUUUCAGACACUUCUUCACGACUCGACUCCUCCUGUGAUCUACUAACCAACUCCCGGUCUUGGUUUUGAUAGUGUGACAUAAAUUCAUGGUGGAGAGCCAAGCAUAGCUUUAAAGGACCCCGCAAGAUGGAGAGGCUAUGUCAAGAAUGCGGGGAUUUAGAGAGGAAUGCUAAGACGGAUAAAUAUAUCAGGACAACAGAGCACUCUUGGAAUAAUAGAGAUUCGUGAUCAACGACGGCCGAUCUGCUUGAAGGGUUCCGCCUCAUCUUUAUAAAGAGGGAACAUGUCCAGCCUUUCUCUUCUCUCGUCGCUCGUUGCAUCUCAUCCCAUUCCAUAUUUUGCCGUCCACCGCCGCAGACCUCGUCUCGCCUCAUUUACUGAUUAAAGCUUGGCGUAUCUUCGAAAACAUGAAGUUCACACUUGCCCUCGCGGCUAACUUUCUGGUCGGUGCGGCCGUUGCGGCCCCUGGUCCUGCCAAAGACUGUAAGGAGUCGUUUGGCCUUGAGGGAUUCGCCAAGGAGAACCCGCUCGGCGUGACGACUGGUGGAAAGGGUGGGCCAACAACCACUGUCACAGCAGCUGCUGCGCUCGCAACCGCUGUCCUGGGCAAGAAUCCUCUCACCGUUGUCAUUAAGGGUGACUUUGACCUUCCUGCGCGCCUCCUGGUCGGCUCCAACAAGAGCCUUAUUGGCCAUGGCAAAGGUGCAACUAUCACUGGCAAAGGUGUCACUAUCAAAGCCGCGGAUAAUGUGAUAAUUCAGAACUUACACAUCCACGAUAUCCUCGACGAUGACUGCAUUACGAUUCACAGUUCAACCAGAGUCUGGAUUGACCACAACGAGUUUUCCUCUGACAUCGAUGGCGGACCUGAUAAAUUUGAUGGUCAGCUUGAUAUUAUACACGCGUCAGACUUCAUCACCGUGUCCUGGAACUACUUCCAUGACCACUGGAAGUCAUCUCUCGUCGGCAACAGCGAUGCCUACGGCGACGAGGACAGUGGACAUCUCCGCGUGACAUAUCACCACAACCACUGGAACAACAUGGGCACCCGCGGCAAUGCGGGUCGAUUCGGACACCAGCAUCUGUACAACAACUUCUACAAUGACUUCCAUUACCAGGCCAUCCACUCCCGCUCCAACAACCAGGUCCUUGUCGAGGGCAACGUCUUCCGUGGCGACACCCCCGAGGCACUGAGCACCUACGGUCUUGUCAUCCCAAUGGACUCCCCGAACACCUCGCCUGAUGGCGAUUAUGAGAUUGAUGGAUUUGCCAACCUUGGCGCCAAGAACGACUUCGGCAGAUCGGGCGUGAAUAUUACUCAGAAGGGAAACUUCACUAAGGCUCCGUAUAAGUACAAGCUGACACCGCUGAAAUCUGUCGAGGGAUUGGUUAAACAGGGUGCUGGGCGUGGAAAGAUUUGAGUGUUUGCCGUUUCCCACAGUUGCAAUGCAAGUACGUAGGUGAGAAGAUGGC